AUGUCUAAACUUAUUGAGAAAUAUUUUUGUAAAAGUUUUCAUUUUGUACCUCCAUUACCUUCACAAAAUCAACAAACAUUUAAUUUAUUUGAAACAAAUAAUUUUAUAAAAACAACAAAAUAUAGUGGGAAUUCAAUAUCAAAUUCUUUAAAAGAAUUACAUUUAUUAAUUGGUGAAUGUCUUCAAUUAAAUAAUAAAACAAAAUGCUUAGACAUUGGUUGUGGAAUUGGAAAUGUAAUUGAACAUUUGGCUUUUACAGGAGCUCAAUUUGUGGAUAUUGGAAAUAAAAUAUUUAAAAAAUUAGGAAUUGACAAAAAAUGUCAACUUUUGCAAGCAAAUUGUUCUAAAAAUAUUCCAUUAUCUAAAAAUAGUCAAGAUGCUGCUUAUGCAAUAUAUUCACUUAAAUAUUUACCUAAACUUGAAAUAAUAUUUUCAGAACUUAAUAGAGUAUUGAAACCUGAAGGGCUUUUAUUGGUAUAUGAUUUAUUGAAAACUGAUAAAUAUAAUGAAGAUAAUGUUGAGCAUCGAAAAUUACUUUCUGAACUUGAAAUGUCUUGUGGAAUGCCCCCUUUACAUUCUCGUAAUGAAAUAAUAAAAGAAGCUAAUAAUGCUAAUUUUGUUUUGAUUAAAGCUAUUGAUUUAGACAAGAAAGUAGGCAAACCAUUUUAUUAUUGUUUUAGUCAUUCAAAAAUAUUUAUGUGGAUGAUUAGAUCAUCAUUAAUUGAACAAUUAAUUAAUUUAGCACAAUUUUUACAUGUUUUACCUUCAGGCUUUAAUAAUUUUUAUAAAAUUUUCCUUUCCGGAACAAUUGAUAAAAUUGUAAGAGCUGGUAAACUUGGAAUACUUUCUGGUGGCGAAAUAUUAUUAUUUCAAAAAAUAAAUAAAAAUUAA